CACCUGCUAUCAUCUACGAAAUAAUAAUUUUUGGAAUUUGCUUCAUACUUCUCAAUUUCUUCAUCUUUGAUUCAUUUCCUGUAUCGUCAAAAUCUUCAAAACUGAGGUCUGAAUUCGGAUUUAAGACUUAGGCUCAUGGCUUGAAAACCAGUACCAGUGGUCGCAGGCUCUGAAUCUUCAGAAAAGUGACAAUAACGAGUUUCAAUUUGCCUUUUGGGUUACUGUAUGAGUAUGAAAAUUCUGAGAACCAUGAGUACUCCUUUUUGUUCCGAUCCCACACCCGCAUGUUUGCGAAAACUACAAAGCACACGACGUUAUUCGAAUCGGUACAAAUCAAAAGGGAGCGAAAGGGAGGACCAUGAGCAACUAAAGCAGCAAAAGGGCAGUGGAGUGAGAAGAUUUGAUGCGUCAAAGCUCUUGUUUCAUUGCUGGUAAUUGGUGAGAAGCAGCAUAUACAUAUAUGCUAAUGUAAACUAUGCGCCACGAAGUUCGGGCGGUAAAAAUUAUAUUCUCGACACGUUCUUGCAGCCAAACAGAAAGGCAAGACCUGUUGUAUGUGGGGAAUUCUGUUCCUGGGAGUUACAGCAUCGAGUAUUGGGGUUGAAUGCAUCAGCGGCGGGACCAAACAGCGUAAAUUGGUUUGGUCUUUAUAUUUACUUUGUCGGAAUGUUUUAUGGUAUCUAUCGAAGAUUUUGAAGUUUCGUGAUGUAUUGGCGCCGCUGAUGUUUAAAAAGCAUCUGGUUUAUGCUAGGAAGAUGGUUAGACAUUUCUUUUUCUGUAAAGGUCAUUGACUAUAGUACACAUUUCUUUCAUUACCGAAUGAUUAUUUGGAAAUUCAGAUAAGGGGCAACCGUCUUGACGAACACCAGUAGAAAAUAAUUUAAUGUUAGAAAAAUAAUUAGAGUUUUGCAAGAACGGUUUUCCAUAUAAAAUUUCAAUUAAAGGAUGAAUGAUUUGAUACGGCUGAUUCGGAGUAAGUUUUAUUUUGUCUUAAUCUAAUGAGUUGUUAUGGCAACUCUACGUAAGCAUUGUCUUCCAAGCGUUUUGGCAUGACUGCUUUCCCAGUUGGUAAUGAUUCCAAUGAAUAUUCAUCAAUUUUUCAUUCCUUUAUUGGCAUAAAAUUACGGCAACUUUUUGAGCUUCCUAUCUAAAUAUUCCACCAAUGCAAUGCCUUACCUCUUAUUUAGUAUUCAUUUUUCACAUGACAUGAUCAAUGCAAGCAGUGAACUUUCUAGUUAGUUUGAAAUCUCUUGGAGGCCACUGAGGUCAGUUGCUAUUUGCUAAUUUUACAUGUUCAUCAAAACUUGUUAAACUUAAUUGUCAAAAUCUUCUUGUGGUUAUUACUUUUUAUACCUACUGAUUAGAAAACAACUUAAGCGCCUGAUUAUGUUACCAGGUACGUAAAAAUUGACAUGUAGAAAAAGUUUCUGCCACAGUUUUCUUUUAUUUUUUUCAAUCAGUAUAUUCCUUGAAAGCAUGUGGCAAAAUUACAGAAAAUUAGCUAUCAUGAAUUGGACAGGGCUUUGUGCACUUGCUAUUCAGUCUGUGCUUUACCAGGUGAGCUGGCGAAAUGCUAAAACUCUUGCAUAAGAUUUCCUAUGCUUAACUGUAAGAUGUUGUUCUGCAUAUUUAUAUCAUCAUCAUACCAUGAAACAAUAGAAACUGCUAACUAUAAAUUCUGUUCCCUGUUUACCUUGCAAAAUAAGACCUUAAAUGUUAAAGAACAUGACAAAGUAUUUUUGCCUGGCAUAUUAAGGCGCCAAAAAUUCUCGACUAAUUCAUAUGUACACUCUUACUCCUUUAUGUUGCUGUUGCUCUCUUUGUCUCUUCAAAAAAUGGUGCACUGGACAGAAGAUUCAAAUUAUAACUUUCUUAUCUUAUUCUUAUCACUGAAGAAGUGAUUAAAAUGAACUUAAUAGCUGUUUAGCAUAAGGAAGUUUACCAUUAAACGAUUGAUUGGAGAUUGAAUGAGUGAAACACUUUAGGCAAGUAUUAGUUGAUGUUCAUUUAGGCUGUUAUUUCUCAGUUGACUGUUUGACUGAACUUACACUAAGUAAUAAAACAAUUAGGAUGUAUUCUUGCUAGCUUUCUUAUGAAAAAUCAGUAAUAUAUGUUUUUUUUUAUCAGAUAAUAUAUGCCUUUUAUAGUUUUUGUCAAUACAAAUUACUUAAAACAGAGUGGGACAGUGCAUUUGCACGGAAUUUAAGACGAGUCACACUGUUCACGCUAGUGAACAAUGAACCUUCUUACAGCUUAUUAAUAUUAAUUAAUAUUAAUAAUUUGAUUCCGCAUGUGUCAAAUUAUAAUUUUAUUAAGAAUUUUUGUUGCAACAUGGGAGCUAAGUCCUUUUCAGCAUAAAGAUCUCAUAGGGAAGAUCCUUUACUUGCACAAUUGCCUUAGGGAGACCCAUUUCAACCUUGAAAAUUUUCAAGUCAGUGCUAGCAGUGAACCACCUUAUAAGACAAGUUGCCUGCAACCCCAAUUUAUUGCCCAGUGUCUUGUCCUUCUUGACGGCGCAACAUAUCUUUUCAUUUUCAAAAGCACAGAAAGAGAAGAGCACUCUUUUGGUCUCCUCCCAGUUUCAAUCUUCCCGAGAGAGGAGCACUCGUUCAUUUUCCCUCGGCAUUUGAACAAUUUCUAGAUCUACUUCUGUGAUUCUGCUCGUCCAGAAUCUAGGGUGAAGAUCUUGUUUCAGAAUUAAAGAUAUUUUGGCGCAGAGGUGACAAUAAGAGAGGAGAAUCUUCAGUUACUAAGUAAAUCAUAUGGCCUACACACUUAGGCAGAGAAAGCAAAACACUAACUAUGCGGAUUCAGACAGUCCUGGAAGUGGUUCAAUUGGUUCUGGUACAGACUAUUUAUCACGGAGAAGUAGCAGACCAAAAAAGAGAAGGAACUCAAGUGUAAAUUUGAGUGCAAGGCGUCGACGAGGUCGAACCUCAAAGAGGGCACAGGAAGUACAAAACAAGGAAGCCGGUGAUGCUACAAGUUCAAACUUGAAAAAUGGAACAUUGACAGCUGAACAACAAAGUUCAAACAAAAAAACCAUUCUAUCAUGGUUGAUAGAUUGCUGUGUUAUCAAGAAGGGCGACCGAGUCAUAUACUCAAAUGACAUAAAGGAAAGUACAGAUAAGAGAGGAAACAUUGCCAGAGGUGGAAUUCUCUGCUGCUGUUGCCAGAAGGAAUAUUCUGUGUGGGCCUUUGAGAAACAUUGUGGAAGUGAUCUUAAUCAACCCUAUGAACAUAUUUACCUCCUUGAAAAACAAAUCUCUCUUUUGGAGUCCAUGAUGAUUGCUUGGCAUGAGAACAGUGAACUGAAACACCAGGAAACACAUUUCUUUGUACCCAAGAGAACUGCAGGAGACAAAAAUGAUUAUGCUUGCCCUAUUUGCGGAGAUGGGGGAGACUUGAUCUGCUGUGACAAGUGCCCCUCCGCAUUUCAUUUAAACUGUUUAAAUAUGGAGAGGCUUCCUCAAGGUGAAUGGUUAUGUCCUUAUUGUGCUUGCAAACAUUGUGGCCUUGGUGAUGAAAGGAAGCAAUUGAUUCCGUGCUUCCAAUGUAACAAAAAAUUUCACUGGGGAUGCUUUAAGGAAUUUGAGAAAGAAGCUCUUAAGGAUGCCUUAGAACUUGACUGUUCCAGUUUAUAUUGUGGAAGAAGUUGUAGAAAGACAUAUGAGAAAUUGGAGAAUUUUAUUGGGCUCCGGAACAAACUUGAUGAAAGCUACUCUUGGAGAGUUAUUCGUAAAAUGGAAAGGACGUCAACUGUCACUAAACACCAAUAUUUUGAAAAUAAUGCCAAGCUUGCAAUUACGCGGAAAUUAAUGGAUGAAGCUUUUGAGACAAUAGUUGACAAAUACACAGGCGUCAAUGUGAUUCAAAGUGUACUAUACAGUCUUCGGUCAAACUUAACCAGGGUUAAUUAUAGCCGUUUCUAUACAUUUAUACUGGAAAAAGAUGAUGAGAUUGUUUGUGCUGCUACUGUGAGAAUCCAUGGGCAGAGGCUUGCAGAUAUGCCCUUUAUAGCCACACACACAGCAUUUCUAAGACAAGGAUACUGUGCGUACCUUCUGGGAGUGAUGGAAUCGAUCCUGUUCAGUCUUGGAGUCGAAAACUUGAUAAUCCCGUCUAUUCAGGAGACCGUCAGCAUGUGGGGAAUAAAGUUUGGAUUCCAUGAUCCGAGUAUAGAGUUGAAAAGAGAAAUUACCACCUAUAACAUUUUGAUGUUUUUUCAAUCUAUAAUGCUGCGCAAGGACUUAACCAUAAAGAAACCAGAAUCAGAUGAUGGUGACAAAAAGGAGGAGAGACAAACUGACAAUCAGAAUGUCCUGGAACCUCAAAAUAAUCCUGUUGACCGAUCCCUUCUAGACCUCAACAUGCCCCCUCCUGAAGAAUGCAUGAUGGCUGUGGAAGAUGAUGUAUAGUUCGUAGAUAAUGUUGCUGAUUGAGUAGUUCUCAGCAUCAGCACUGAAACCCUCAGUGGCUGGUGUUCAUAUUCCUGCCUAUCUAAUUAGAGAAGGUUUAAAUAAAGGUUUCUUUUGGUAAAAUACCUUUCAAAUGUUUAGCGGCAAGUUUUAACUUUUAAUUGCGCAAAGAUAGAUUUGGUUUGGUAUGUUUGUUAUGACAAAUUUCAUAACUCUUGUCUAUCCAGAAACAUAUUCCUUUA